AUUGAUUGAUUGAUUGAUUGAUUUGUGGCAAUCGAUCAUUUAUGAUCAAUGCUAGUUGGGAUUAGCGCUCGGAUACAAUAUGGAUAGACGGUUAGGAAGGUACCAAUAUAUGUUUAGUACUUAUCACCACAUGGAGUGAAACAACCACGAUGCCUUUAUAGGUCAUUUCGGAAUUUAGUAAGAAAAAAGAUAUGAAAAAGCUGGAUUGUGUUCAUGAAAGUUGCCAAUAUGCUAAUUUAAGGAAAUCUAUCGUGGAUAUGCCAAACCAAAAAUGGGUAGUUUAUAAUAUGUAAUCCCAAUUAAAAGAAUAUUUAUAGUAGAAAUGCAUUCCAUGGAAUUCAUUAUGGAAAAUGUGUGGAAUAAUAAACGAUAGCGAAAUAAUUAUAAUAUUAGUUUAACUAUUUAAGAGCGCAAAUAGAGAUUUGCAAGUUCAAGGGUAUGUGACAAGAAUCAUGAGCCGAAUACCACAUACACUUACUAUAUAGCCCAUAACCGAUAACAAUGAUUUGAACAAUCUACAUAAUCAGGUGUCCGGAAAUAAGUCGAGACGCAUUAGCGAUCACAUGAGAUAAAGUGGGAUUGAAAAAAGUAUUCUAUUGGAUAAAAAAAAGUAUGAGGAAGAAAUGUUAAAAAAUCAAAUAUGCAAGAGUUUAAGGCUAUGACAUUAUAAAUUCCGUCCAACAGAAUGUCGUAAGGACGUCAAUUUCAGUAUAAAUAGAUUGGAGUGUAACGUCCAUACUCCAUACUGGUCUGAUUUUAUACGAUCGUUUCAACUUUUAAAAGACUCAAAAUAUUUGUAGUAUAAGAUAUAACACCACCCUGAAGUACUAUUAUUAAAAUGGAGAACCGAAAUGACAGAAGUAAAUUUGAAAAGGCUCCUUUGAAUACUGUUGUUCGCCUUAACAACGUAGCUGAUGGGACACAGAUAGAGGACACCCUUUAUAGGAGUGCGACAAGGAGCACCCAUUGUAAAGGCCAAAGAUGCGUCGGCUCAAAAAUGUUUCACACCGCAGAUAUGAGGAAACCAUCACAGAUGCAUCCAAAACACAAAGUAAAGGAAUUGGCUGAAGACUUUCUCAAACAAUAUUAUGCGCAUCUAAAUAAGUUGAAUAGUGAAGAACAUCUUGCCAGACUAAAUUCAGUGACGACCAACAUAGAGAAAACUGGUUAUUAUGAGCACACCUUCGAUGAGUUACAAUUUGGUGCCAGAACUGCAUGGAGAAAUGCACCGAGAUGCGUCAAUAGGAUUUUUUGGAAUGAGCUUCAGUUACUGGAUGGACGAAAGUGUAGGUCUGCCAAAGAUAUGUACAAAGCCGCAUGUGAACAUCUUGUAUAUGGCGGCAAUGGUGGAAAAAUAAGGUCAGUUGUAACAAUGUUCCCAGCCAGGCAUAAUGGGGAAUAUCGGGUGUGGAACAGCCAACUCAUCAGAUAUGCUGGCUACAGACAACCCGAUGGAUCUGUCAUUGGAGACCCACUAAAUGUGGAGUUCACAGAGAUAUGUCAGCGUAUGGGUUGGGUUGGCAGUGGAGGCAUGUUUGAUGUUUUGCCUCUAAUUCUUGAGGCUAACGGUGAAGAUCCAGAGUUGUUCGACAUUCCAAAACAAUUUAUCCAUGAGGUGCACAUUAAGCACCCAGAAUUUACAUGGUUUGCUGAGCUUGGCUUAAAAUGGUACGCAGUGCCUGCAGUUUCUAACAUGAUGUUUGAUAUAGGGGGUUUACAAUACGGUGCGGCACCAUUCAAUGGCUGGUACAUGUCUGCUGAGGUGGGGCGAGAUUUGGUGGAUGCAGCACGAUACAAUAUGUCCGAGUCCGUUGCAGUAAAAAUGGGACUGGACACUAAGUCAGUGACAUCACUUUGGAAAGACAAAGCGGUAAUAGAGGUGAACAGAGCCAUUCUUUACUCUUUUCAGGAAGCCAAAACCAAAAUCGUCGAUCACCAUACUUGCACAGAGGGGUUUAUACGCCACCUUAAAAAUGAGCAGAGACUGCGUGGUGGCUGCCCGGCAGACUGGGUGUGGAUAGUGCCACCUAUAUCUGGUUCACUCUCUCCCGCCUUUCAUCAAGAAAUGCUUAACUACCACCUAACACCGUCAAUAGAAUACCAGGUUGAACCUUGGUACGUCCAUAAAUGGAAAUCCCCUGAGUUAAGAUACAAAUUUAGGGACUAUAUUCAAACUCGGAGAUACACCGUCAAACAUGUUGCCAGUCUUGCCCUAUUCUGCACCAGUCUUCUUCGAAAGAUACUUAAGAAGAGAGAAAACAUCUCGAUCAUAUAUGCCACUGAUUCUGGAAAAUCUGAACGAUAUGCAAAGAUUGUCGGGAAGGUGUUUGCCAAUAGGUUCAAUACAAGCGUGACGUGUAUGAACCAGAAGUCAGUUGAGGAACUGGCAGGAGAAAAGAUGGUUAUUCUAGUCUCAAGUACUGCAGGUGAUGGCGACCCUCCACAAAAUGGCAAGCAAAUGUUUGAUGAGAUGAAAAUGCUGUCCGAGGCCAACAGUGGAAAACUUUUGGAUGGUGUUAAGUACAGUGUGUUUGCUCUCGGGAGUACAGCCCAUAUACAGUACUGCAAGUGCGGUAGGGAAUUUGACAAUAUGCUUUCAAAACUAGGUGCCUCAAGAGUUCAUCCUAGAGGAGAGGGGGACGAACUCUACAACGAAGAAGAUUCUUUCUGGUCAUGGCUCAAACCUCUCUUCAAAAAAGCAUGUGAUAUAUUCAAUGUGCAACGUCCUGUGCUGGAAAGUCUUGAGGAUGUGCCGAUAUUGACACAGAACUACAAGCUCUUGACGAAGACAAAGUCUGUUGGGCUCGUUGAAGGAUUAAGUCUACUCAGCAAGAAAAAUGUUGUGUCUACCAAAAUAUCUAGUCGUCGUUUUCUAAGUGGAAAAGGAGCUCUGACCAGAGUUAUCCAAGUAGUGUUUUCUGUAGAAGGGGACAAUAACAAUUCAGAUUUAUCAUACUCACCGGGUGAUCACGUGGCUGUAUUUCCACAGAACACAAGGGGUUCCAUUGCCAGGAUACUAGCCAAGGUCGAUGCAGAGACUACGAUGCCUCUACAGGUGAUCACUGGAGAUGGAGAAGAGGUCAUGCCAGUAUGUACCAUAAAGGAAGCAUUGCAGAGCUAUCUUGAUAUUGCUACUGCUAUGUCAAGAGAAAACCUCAAACGUCUAGUGAAAAUGGAGAUGUCAGACAAAGACAGGCAGAAGAUAGCAAACCUAAUUGAGGAUAACUCAACUCCGUGUACUCAUACACUGGGAGAUUUAACUGUGAUGUGCCCAUCUAUGCGACUGGACGCCACGUUUCUAAUGACGUCGCUGCCACGUCUUCAGCCACGUGUGUACUCCAUUAGUAACGUACAGGAGCAACACCCGAACGAGAUCCACGUCACGGCUACGAUCGUAGAAUACAGGUCACAAGAUGGAGUUAUUCACAAUGGGGUGUGCACAUCAUGGUUUGAGAAUGCCCCAUUGGGAUCACUGGCACCAAUGUAUAUAAAGAAAGCAUUGCAUUUCAAUCUUCCCAAUAACCCUAGAAUUCCCGUUGUGUUGAUUGCAACUGGCUCUGGCAUUGCACCGUUCAGAAGCUUCUGGCAAAAGAGGGUGGCAAUGAUGAAAGGUAUUGACCGGACUGCAUUCACGUCGGAUAUGACUCUGUUUUAUGGAUGUAGGACUGAAGCAGACGACAUGCUAUAUAUGAACGAAAUCAACAAAGCUGUAGAACAUGGUGCGAUGGUUCCUCCACUCAUUGCAUACUCUAGAGACCAUAGCAAGCCCAAGAACCAUGUGCAAGAUUUGAUAAAGAAAAACGCCAAACUGUUCUUCCAAAAACUGAUAAAGCAGAACGGCCACGUAUUUGUAUGUGGGAAUAUACAAAUGGCCCUCUCGGUAAAGGAAACUAUUAUUGGUGCUUUGUCGGAAGCAGGUGGUAUGUCAAUUGCUGAGGCGGCAGAGCAUACGUCCAAGAUGAAGAAGUCCGAUCGGUAUCAUGAGGACCUUUUCGGUAUAUCUGCGUGGAAAAGUUCACCAUCUAGCCGAGUGAACUCAGCCCAGAGAAUGAAUGGCCUUUCUAACGGACAUAUCUCCAAACAAAAUGGAAUGAAUGGGCUCAAGAAGACCGUGUCUUCGAAAUCACUGGACAAAUCAAAAAAGCAUCAAAGGUUUCUACUAUGCCCUUGGAGUAUCUGACAAUUCAGAGGUCACGUAAAUCAAAGAUGUGCACAAUGAUGUAGAGCUGUCGUUGAUUGGUAGCGUAUCACCAUCAACCGGAUGAUGGGCGUCCAUGAACAACUGCGACAGAUGGAGUGACGUAUCGCGGACAUGGAACUUUGGUGGAACCACAGAUCUAAGGAAUAAAAGAAACAUCACUUGUAUGAGUUAUGAAACACUCAAUAUGGGAACACUUAAAAUCAACAACUGACACAGCUAUCGCUUGAAGUGCCUCUUGUGGGGUCGGAGGACAAGCAAGUGGUGAUUGAGAUACUAUAGACACACAAUUUGAUGUGAUUAUUGCUGCUGAUUAGAGAAUAACACAUGCCAACCGUGACAUUGCUCUAAACAAUAAAACGCUUUAAAUAUUAAGCAAGAGCUUAAAACAAUACACAAUACUACAGAUAAAAUAUAUUUUCGCGUAUCUAUGAAAAUGAAUGAAUAAAUACGAAAAUAUAGCCUCGAGUCGCUCACAACUUGAUGAUACAACUUGUAUCAAUGUACAAAUACACACAUGCGUGGCAUCACUCAAUAGUUUGUGCAUUAUAUUCAAUAUGAUAUUUUAUUUAUAAAGAUUUUUAUCACAUACGUUUAUUAUAGUAAUAUGUCUGUAUACAGUAAAACCUGUCUUAG